AUGGCGAACCAGUUUCCGACCGGACGCUCGUGGUUGCUCCGUCUCGCCUCGCUGGCCAGGAUGGAGCCACCGCCACCACCGCCGCAGGCUCAGCCGGCACCGGCUCCUCGAGCUUCGCCGUUUGCUGGGAUACCUCUGCUGCCGACACAUGCUCCGCCGCCUCCAACUCAGCCUCAGGAAACACUACCACCUCCUGCUACAGAGGUCUCAAAACCAGCGACUCGCCCCCCAACUCCUCCCCAGUCCCCGGAAGUCGUCAAGGUUUCCUCCCCAACGCCACCACAGCCCCCCAUAGCCGGCUCAACUCAGACUUCUCCUACUGUGGAAACCCUAACGGCGUCCCUGAAGCCCAUAGUGACGAUCCGCUCCCCAACUCCUCCUCGAUCUCCCGAGGUCAUCGAGACCUCCUCCCCAACACCGCCCCCCUCCCCCAAGAGCAACACCACACAGCCUUCCGCCACUCCGACGCCACAUCCGGAGCCUGAACCCAAGCGCACGUUCGAGCGAGACAACGGUAUCAAGAACGACGGCACAAGAACUUCCAGCAAUGGCGCAGGGGAACCACCCAAGAACAACCACAGUAGCAAUCACUACGGCUCCUCCAAGCACGCGGAGGCCGCAGCUGCAAAGAAGGAGGAGGAGAACGAGACGAGGGCCGUCACCAUCGCAGGGCACAACCUCGGAGCUCACAUGGAUCUCGGCUCCUCCUACGCCUAUCACAGCAGAAAGCAGCAGCUCCAUGACGACAACUUGGAGGAUGAAGCACAGACUGAAGAAGGCGAGACGACAAAGGCAGCGAUCAAGCAGAAACCAUCGAUCACACGGGUGAACAGCAACGUGCAGAUUGUAAACAACUCGUUGCUCGUCGAUUGCUCCUGCAUCUUCGGGAGCCCCGGCGUUCACAUCAACCUCACCACCCAAAAGAGCCAACCACCAUUACACUUGGAUCAAGAACAAGGAGUUGACCCUGCACCUGCCAAGUGA